AUGACUGAAAAUCAUAAAAAUAGUGAUGUGGAAACAGCACAAGAACAACCAAAAAAUAGAGAAGAAGAUGAAGACGAGAAAGCGAAUGUGUACGAAAAACUUAGGGAUCUUGAUUAUGUUUUGACAAAUGAACUAGGUCAGUUUGGGCUGUUCCAGCUACGGAACCUUCUCUUACUUGCUGUAGUUAUCAUAAUUACUGGAACAGUGCACGAUUAUGUAUUCUCAGCUGCUUCUACAGCACACAGAUGUCGCGUCCCAGAAUGUGGUGAAGAUGAAAAAUUGCAGAAACAUGAUCCCGAAUGGAUAAGUAAUGCGAUUCCAGAGACUAGUUCAGGGAUAGCAAGUUGUGAAAGAUAUGCCCCGAAUACUAUUGGAACUAACGGAUCCUUGGACUACUGUCCUGUCACUCUGUUUGAUCAAUCUAAGACUAUUGCUUGUGAAGAUUUUGUUUACGCUAAAGAUAACACAGUGGUGUAUGAAUUUGACCUCGGGUGCAACGAGUGGUUGAGAGUGCUAGCUGGUACUUUAUGUAACAUUGGGAUGCUGCUUGUACUACCCAUCACAGGAUAUAUCUCAGAUCGCUAUGGCCGAAAGAUAGCUUUAGUUAUUAAUGUCUUUAAUGUAGGUUUGUUCGGUUUAUUGCGAGCAUUCUCCGUCAACUACACCAUGUUCCUGACCCUACAAAUUAUACAGAGUACUUUAGGCGCCGGAGCAUUUAGUUCCGCAUAUAUUCUGGCUGCAGAGCUGGUGGGCCCGAAGUAUCGUGUUCUUGUGGGUGUUUCUUGUUCUGCAAUGUUUGCGACAGGAGAGGCUCUACUGGGCGGUAUAGCUUGGGUGAUUUCACCUUGGCGCUACAUGAUCUUGGCGAUCACUGUUCCUAACUUCUUCUUAGUCUCAUACUAUUGGAUAAUCUCAGAAAGCGUAAGGUGGCUUUUAUCGAAAAAAAAGUACACCGAGGCUAAACAAGUACUGUAUACUGUGGCAAGGGUGAACAAAACACAAAUAAGUGAAAGGUCGUUGGAAGCGCUCGUGAACAUGCCGCAAAACUCGGAAACAAAGUCUAAUGCCACCAAUUUUGGAUUGGUUCGUACUAUUUUUCGUUCUCGAACCUUGUUCAGAAGAGUGUGCACGACACCGAUAUUAUGGAUCACUAUGACCUUUGUCUACUACGGGCUGUCCAUCAACUCCACCAGUCUCUCCGACACCAUGCAUUUGAAUUAUAUUUUGUCGGCUGUCGUCGGAAUUCCUGGUUUCUACAUAGCAGUUUUCGUUUUGAAUAGAAUUGGUAGAAAAGCUACUAUUUCUUUGGGUUACUUUUUUUGCGCUGCAUGUAACAUCAGUUUUACCUUUAUUUCCAAGGACUUUUCCACUUUACGUCUAAUAAUAUAUCUGUUUGGAAAGUUUUUUAUCGCCAUGGUGGGAACGUCGCUGUAUUUGUACACAUCGGAACUAUAUCCGACCGAAUACCGACAUACUUUACUCGGCUUCUCCUCAAUGAUGGGUCGCAUGGGAUCUAUUUUUGCACCACUGACGCCAGCACUUAUGACCUAUUACCACGGUAUUCCGUCAUUGUUGUUCGGAGGUAUGGCUAUCAUCUCUGGCCUUCUGGUGCUCACGCAGCCGGAAACCCUGGGCUGCAAGAUGCCUGAUACUUUAGAAGAAGCGGAAAGCCUUGGAAAACGAGAGAACAAAAUAACAAAAUCUAGUUGAUAACUUUAAGACAUUAUUAGUGAUAUCGUAAUAAAAAUUCUAAGACU